AUGGUCGUGGCUCCGGGAAUGCCGUCCAUGUUUUGGUCUUCAUUAGCACUUGGCACGGAUUCAGAAACGGGCGAGUAUUUGGCAGAACAUCUAGGUAGAGUUAUUGAUGAAGUCGAACGGGAAACAGGGGCCGUAAUUGCUGGAAUACUGACAGACAACGCUAGUAAUAUGGAGGCUGCAAGAGGAAUAUUGGAGAGAUCUCGAUCAAUCUUUACAGGGAGGCUGGACUUCUUCAAAGCUGCUCAAACCAAAGCACUUGCUAUUACCACGUAUGUCCGAGACCAUCACGCCGUGCUUAGCCAGUUUCAAACAACACUGAGCGAGACGCUAAACGGACAUCACAGAGCGUUGGUUGUACCCGUCAGCACGCGUUGGUAUUCUCUCCACGUAUGUCUAUCCCGGCCGCAAUUUUCAGAUUUAAUCCGGAAUUCUGCCUCAAGCGCAACAGCUAAAGAAAAAUGCCGUCAAGUGAGAAGAAAUAUCAAAGAUCGGGGAUUUUGGAAUAAGCUUGAACAAGUUGUGGGAUUUCUUGACCCCGUGAUUCAAACCCUUCGUGAGCUCGAGUCAGACAACUGUCCAAUCUCACGCACUGAACAGUCGGAUCUACAAGCGUCAAUCAAGGCGUGUGUUGAAUAUCGCUGGGAUUUUGUGCACACUGACGCUGCAGGGUUAGCAUUUCUCCUAGACCCCCACACUGACCUGAAUCGCUUUGUCGGCUCCGACGAAGGUGAUACUAUCGAGCAAGGAUGUGCGUUUGCAACAAGGACUGGUAUACUUACGCGCUUACGAGUGACUAGAAAUCAGUUCAAUCAAGCUUUGUAUCGCUUUGCUGGUAAGAAGCGGCGGCGGCCAGCUGCAAAGAGAGCGAUAUAUGCGGGAGCGGAUCCUCAGGACUGGUGGUCUUCUAACCGAAAUGAGUAUCCGUUGCUGUGGGAGAUCGCCAAGCUCGUAUUUGCAAUACCGACGUCCUCGGCGGCAAGCGAGCGAGCAUGGAGCAUCAUGGAUUUCAUCCAUUCCAAGAAGCGCAACAAGCUGACGACAGAGAAGGUCGAUAUGCUAGCGUACAUCUACGUUAAUCAUCACGCCGCUCAGAAGGAGGCUGCAGACUGGGCACGGGUGCACUCUUAUCCAGAAAGCCAUGAAGCCCUCGAGAGAGAGAUGCCAGAACAGAAUGCAGCGUGA